AAAGCGUUUUCAUGCGUCAGGUAAUUACAAAUUACAAAACGAACGAGAAAGUUAUGUGUGGUGAGAGCCAGAGGCAAAAUCUUUCUUCUAGAAGCAAACGACGACAAGUAGCAAGAAUCUUCAUCUUUGCUUCAAUGUCGUCGACAAAGAUCGGAUUUUGAUUACUGGGUUUUGAAAAAGUCUGCGUCUUUGAGUCUCUUCUGCUUCUGGGUAUUUGUAAAAGAGACGAAAGGUCGAGUUUUUGAGAGGAUGAUUCAACGGCUGGUUGUAACUGCUCUUCAGCUAGCGGAGCUGUCAGUGAGCUCCGUCGUUCACAUGAUGUAUGGGCUUUACAUAUUCAGCUCCGCCGUCGCCGGAGAUCUCACACAGACGUUGAGCGAGUCAAUCUUCAAGUCCGAAACCACCGGCGAAGUCAAACGAAGUACAACUCAAGUCAAUGAUCUGCCUCCGAUUGUUUUAGUCCACGGCAUUUUCGGGUUUGGGAAAGGAAGAUUAGGUGGGUUAUCGUACUUUGCUGGAGCUGAGAAGAAGGAUGAGAGAGUGUUGGUGCCUGAUCUGGGGUCUUUGACGAGUGUACACGAUAGGGCUAGAGAGUUGUUUUAUUACUUGAAAGGUGGAAGAGUUGACUAUGGUGAAGAUCAUAGUAAAGCUUGUGGGCAUUCUCAGUUCGGUCGUUUCUAUGAGAAAGGGGAGUAUCAAGAAUGGGAUGAAGACCAUCCUAUUCACUUUGUUGGUCACUCUGCUGGUGCUCAAGUUGUUCGUGUCUUGCAGCAAAUGCUCGCUGACAAGAUGUUUGAUGGUUAUGAGAACACAAAUGAGAACUGGGUUUUGAGUUUAACAUCCUUGUCAGGAGCAUUAAACGGAACUACACGAACAUACCUUGAUGGAAUAUCGCCAGAAGACGGGAAGUCUCUCAAACUCAUAUCUCUCCUGCAGAUCUGUAAACUUGGAGUCGUAAUGUAUGACUGGCUCGACAUUCCUUGGCUCAAAUCCUAUUACAACUUCGGGUUCGACCAUUUCAACAUGUCCUGGAAGAAAACAGGUUUGCGCGGUCUUGUCGACUGCCUCCUUGGAAACGCAGGCCCUUUUGCCUCAUCUGGAGAUUGGAUCCUACCUGACCUCUCAAUCCAAGGGUCCAUGAAGCUAAAUGCUAAUCUCAAGACUUUCCCAAACACGUUCUACUUCAGCUACGCGACUAAGCGCACUAGAAAGCCUCUAGGGAUGAUGACUGUUCCUUCAGGUGUGAUGGGGAUCCAUCCUCUGCUUUUCAUCCGUGUGUUGCAGAUGAGUCAGUGGCGGUUCCCUCGUGACAUCCCUCUGCCUUAUAAGGGUUACAGAGAUGAAGAUUGGCAGGACAAUGAUGGAGCGUUGAACACUAUAUCCAUGACUCACCCACGGAUCCCUGUUGAACACUCUAAUCUCAUUGUUCAGAGUGACUCAGAUUGUCUCCCUCUCCAACCAGGCAUUUGGUACUACAAGAUCGUGGAGGCGGAUCAUAUUCUAUUCAUUGUGAACCGAGAGAGAGCUGGUGUGGAGUUUGAUUUGAUCUACGACAGUAUCUUUGAACGGUGCAGGAAGCAUGUAUUCCGGAAGAGCCCUCAGACAUUGCCGAACGAAGCUCAACAGCAGCUAGGAGGAGACCAAGAAGAUUAGAGGGGCCAACAAAUGUGUAUAGCUUUCAUGAUUACUUUCGCUAAAGAAGUAGAUUUCAUUGUUAGUUCUGUUUUGUUUCUAAACAUUCCUAUGUCCGCACUCGAACUAUACGCCUUUUUUUUUUAAUUUAGUUGAGUUUCUAGCUUUAAUAAAAGAUUUAAAAGAGUUGUAAAA